AUGAAGACUACUCAACGUCAGUUAUCUUCAUCAUUCAUGAAACUCUGCAAGAGACUCUCCUCAGAGAGCAAUGGUGAAGACAAGAACAAAGAUUUGGCGGCUGUUUUCACAUACAUGGAUGCAAACAGAGACGGUAGAAUCUCUGCAGAGGAGUUGAAAAAGAGUUUCAAGACAUUGGGAGAGCAACUGUCUGAUGAAGAAGCUGAAGCUGCGGUUAAACUGUCUGAUAUAGACGGUGAUGGGAUGUUGGAUUAUGAGGAGUUUGCUCAGUUAUUCAAUGGUGGUGAUGAGUUUACAGAGGAAGAGAAGAAGAGCAAGAUCAUGGAAGCGUUUAGAAUGUAUAUUGCUGAGGGAGAAGAUUGCAUUACUCCUAGAAGCUUGAAGAUGAUGCUGAUGAAUCUUGGUGAGACUAGAACCACUGAUGAUUGUGUAGUUAUGAUCAAAGCUUUUGAUCUUAAUGCUGAUGGAGUUUUAAGUUUUGAUGAGUUUGCACUUAUGAUGAUGAGUUAA